AUAAGCAUCGAUUGUGGUUCCAGCUCUACAGCCGACGAUUUAACGUCAAAAGCGAAUAAGUUUAAUAAACGUAAAAAAAGCGAACCACAAUGGCAGCGAAGGCAGCAUUACCCCUGCAGAUGUUUGGCCGGCGUCUCGUCCAGCCGAGGUCAUCGGUCACGGCCCAGAAUGUGAGCGCCCUUCGUCUGUCCCACCAGCGCCUGUACAGCACAGAAAAGCAGCCCGAGGAGGCGGCGGCGGAGCAGAAGACGCCCGCAACCCCGCCAGAAGUGGAGAAGCUCACCAAGGACCUGGCCGCCGCCAAGGAACAGAACGCCGAGCUCCUCGACAAGUACAAGCGGUCCCUCGCCGACAGCGAAAACAUGCGCAACCGACUGAACAAGCAGAUCAGCGACGCCAAGAUCUUCGGCAUCCAGAGCUUCUGCAAGGACCUGCUCGAGGUGGCGGACACCCUGGGACAUGCCACGCAGGCGGUGCCCAAGGAUAAGCUCAACGGCAACGCUGAUUUGAAAAACCUGUACGAGGGUCUAACCAUGACACGCGCCUCGUUGCUGCAAGUGUUCAAGCGACAUGGUCUGGAACCGCUGGACCCCAUCAACCAGAAGUUCGACCCCAACCAGCACGAGGCUCUGUUCCAGAAGGAGGACAAGACCGUCGAAGCCAACACCGUGGUGGAGGUCACCAAGCUGGGCUACAAACUUCACGAGCGUUGCAUACGACCCGCCUUGGUGGGCGUGUCCAAGUGUUGAUAGCCAAGCUGCUGCCCAGCGGAGUGCGAAAUUCCCGGUCCCCCAAUUCCCCAAAAGCAACCUCCCAUUUACAUGGUGUCGCUCUCAGUCGUUUGCAAUUUGUUUUCUGCUGCAAAAUUAUUGUACGUAAACCCCGUGUAAAUACAACCUACCCUCAAAUGCAUCUUUUGGGCAGCGCUUGCGAAUUUAAAAUUCCUCCUAGUUUCUAAGAAAUGUGACUGGAUUUGAUGGCUACAGUUUGUACCACACGCGUUGCCAUCAAGUGUUCCAAUUUAAGGUUUAAUUACGAUAAUAAAAACGUGUUAGUUUGUUGAAA